GAAAGUCCGGCUUUGGCCUUGGGUUCCGCUGUAGGGGAUGUCCCGUGCGAGUGAGUGAGAAGAUCCUAGGGCCUAAUCUACCAGCAGAAUUAGGCGAAGAGACCCCCGACAAGUACUGGAGGAAGGAAGCGCGAACCCUAAAGAAAAGAGCAGGCGGGCAGGCAGCUGGGGGGCGGAACCAGAGCGUACCGGGUCUCGGGAAGCGGGUCCUGGUCGGCGCCGCUCUCAAGGCCAUGGUGCAGGCGGAGCUCCGGGCCAUCCCUAGGUGAGGGAGCGGCUGCGCCGGGGAUUCCACUGCAGUAGAACCGGGUAGACGCGGGCUGCGGAAGGGAGGAUGCUGCCCGCGCUGCUCCCCGGUAGAACCCUGAGAGGCCGCAAUUGCAACAGCAGCAACAGCAGCAGAAAGCACAGCUCCGGCCAGGGCGGCGGCUUGCGCUUUUGGUGAAGUCGCCCAACGGCUCCUUCUCCGUAGCAUGCGGGUUGACAAAAUAAUCAGUGAACAGGGCUCCUCGUUACAGUCUGCUGCGAGCUCUUUUUCCUUGCCAUUCGGAGCUAAUUUAUGCGAAAAGAUGCCUUGCACUUGUACCUGGGGGAACUGGAGACAGUGGAUUCGACCUUUAGCAGUAGUCAUCUACCUGGUGUCCAUCGCGGUUGCGGUUCCCCUAUGCGUGUGGGAAUUACAGAAACUGGAGGUUGGAAUACACACAAAAGCUUGGUUUAUUGCUGGAAUCUUUUUGCUGUUGACUAUACCUAUAUCGCUGUGGGUGAUAUUGCAACACUUAGUGCAUUAUACACAACCUGAACUACAAAAACCAAUAAUAAGGAUUCUUUGGAUGGUACCCAUAUACAGUUUAGAUAGUUGGAUAGCUUUGAAAUAUCCCAGCAUUGCAAUAUAUGUGGAUACCUGCAGAGAAUGCUAUGAAGCUUAUGUCAUUUACAACUUUAUGGGAUUCCUUUCCAAUUAUCUAACUAACCGGUAUCCAAAUCUGGUAUUAAUCCUUGAAGCCAAAGAUCAGCAGAAACAUUUCCCUCCCUUAUGUUGCUGUCCACCAUGGGCUAUGGGAGAAGUAUUGCUGUUUAGGUGCAAACUAGGUGUAUUGCAAUAUACAGUUGUCAGACCAUUCACCACCAUUGUUGCUUUAAUUUGUGAGCUGGUUGGUAUAUAUGAUGAAGGGAACUUUAGCUUUUCAAAUGCUUGGACUUAUCUGGUUAUAAUAAACAAUAUGUCACAAUUGUUUGCUAUGUAUUGUCUCCUGCUAUUUUAUAAAGUCCUAAAAGAAGAACUAAGUCCAAUCCAACCUGUUGGAAAAUUUCUUUGUGUAAAGCUGGUGGUUUUUGUUUCUUUUUGGCAAGCAGUAGUUAUUGCUUUGUUGGUAAAAGUUGGCGUUAUUUCUGAAAAGCAUACAUGGGAAUGGCAAACUGUGGAAGCUGUGGCUACAGGACUCCAGGACUUUAUAAUCUGUAUUGAGAUGUUCCUGGCUGCAAUUGCUCACCACUACACUUUCUCAUACAAACCAUAUGUCCAAGAAGCAGAAGAGGGCUCAUGCUUUGAUUCCUUUCUUGCCAUGUGGGAUGUUUCAGAUAUUAGAGAUGAUAUAUCUGAACAAGUAAGGCAUGUUGGACGGACAGUCAGGGGACAUCCUAGGAAAAAACUAUUUCGUGAGGAUCAAGAUCAGAAUGAACAUACAAGCUUGUUAUCUUCAUCAUCACAAGAUGCAAUUUCCGUUUCCUCUUCUAUGCCACCUUCACCCAUGGGUCACUACCAAGGGUUUGGACACACUGUGACUCCCCAGACUACACCUACUGCAUCUAAGAUAAGUGGUGAAAUGCUUGGUGAUACUAAAGAGAAAAAAGCUUCAAAUAUAUCCGUGGAUUCAUGAACAGUAUGCAAAAGCAAACUCUGCUACUACCAUAUUAUUACCUGGUAUCCCAUGGCUCAGGAUUUUGUGCUGGGGACAAACCAUAAAUGAUGGGAAAUUUCAACACAAAACUAGGUGAAAGCCAGGUACAGCUAUUGGAUUUAUAUAUGUAAGUUUUGUAUAUCAAAAAUAAUCAGUCUAAAUUUCCUAGACUUAGACUUCACUUCUUAACAUUAGAGUAUUACAUACUCAAAUCAUAGAAAAUGACUCCAACUAAAUGAUCAUGAUGUUAACAUUGCUUCAUCAAGAGGAUGGAUAUUUUAAAAAAAAAAUCAGUAAUUCCUGCCACCGCUGCAUGAAUACUAUGCUCUGGAAUUAACAAAAAGCACCAUACAGAAAUAUGAUUUAGUGGAACUUAAUCAUAAUCACGUGCCAUAUAAACUUACCUAACAAUUAUUUCUUUAUUUCUCAGCAGGAUGUCUUUCAAUAAAUAAUAAUUUAUCAUUUGUUUUCUGUAACUUUUUGUCUCUCACACUUUAAACAUAAACCCUUAAUGUUUUAACCAAAAUUCUUGAAAAAGAGGCACAGCAAAAAAGUCAGUAAAAAAAAAAAUUACUUUUUCUCAGAGCUAUUAAAGGUGGCAGCAAAAAUAAAUCCUGGCUGAGUGGUCUUAAUUAUACAUAUAACCAUUGUCAGAAGACAAGCAGGCCCUAUUUGGGAAGAAUUUAUUACUUGGAGGAUGGGGGUUCUCUAAUUGCUAAUCAGCAACCCUUUGACUAACAUUUUAUAAUGAAAAUAAAAUAUAGAAAGUGCCAAGUAUGCCAAAAAAUCAAGUAUGAGUACUUCUCAGAGCCUUUGCUUUACAUAUUUAUAUACACAUUCAUAUAUAAUGAUAGUAUGAAGUCUUAAUUCUGUCCACUAUCACAAAUUCAACUUCUAUUAAAAAUAAAGCUGGGCUACAUGUAAAAACCCUAAUGAUUUACAAGAAACUAUUAGAACUAAGAAAUGAAUUCACUACAGUAGUAAAGUUGCAGGAUAUAAUAGUUUUACAUACAAGUAAAGACCUAACUAAAAAAUCAAAACAAUUCUAUUUACAAUU